AUGAUAUCCUGUCGAGAAAGACUAUCGCAGCAGCCCUUCUCGUAUGGGCCGCGCAACUGUCUCGGCAAGAAUUUGGCGUAUCACAAAAUGCGCAUCAUCCUGUCCAAGAUUCUGGUCAAUUUCGACAUCGGGCUCCUGCCGGAGAGUGAGGGCUGGACCAACCAGGAGGUGUACACGCUUUGGCAGAAGCAUCCGCUCUUGUGCAAGUUGAAGCCCAUUAGGUAG